AUGGAAAAGCAUCCUUUGACAACUGCAAAUAAUAUGAAUAAUAAUAAUAAUAAUUUGAUAAAUAAAAACAUUUUUCAUACAUCAUUACCAACAGCUGUUAAUAUUUCAAAUGAUGAUUCACAUAUAGAUGAAACUGGUCGUUUUCCUAAUGAACGUGGUUCAUCAAAUAUUUUAUUCAAUUUCCCAGAUUCGUCCAAUUUUGAACAAAGAAAUGAAAAUAAAUUACCAUUUCCAGGUUUUGUUGAAAAAGCAUUUUAUUGUCUUCGACAAACAACACCACCACGUUAUCAAUGUUUAAAACUUAUAACAUGGCCAUGGUUCGAACACAUAAGCAUGCUAGUUAUUUUGCUUAAUUGUAUUAUACUUGGUAUGUAUCAACCAUGUGCACAUCAUACUGGCAAAGAGUCAUCGAAAAAAUGCGAUACAGCACUUUGUAUUUGGCUACAAGCAACAGAUUAUUUUGUUUUUGCAUUUUUUACAAUUGAAAUGUGUAUUAAAAUGACAGCGAUGGGAAUAUUUGGUAAAGAAACUUAUCUUGCUGAAUCAUGGAAUCGACUUGAUUGUUUUAUUGUUCUUACCGGAUUAGUGGAAUUCUUUAUACCAGGUGAUCAUUUAAGUCUAUCAGCUAUUCGUACAGUUCGAGUACUUCGUCCAUUACGUGUUAUUAAUCGUGUACCAUCAAUGCGUAUUCUUGUUAUGCUUCUACUCGAUACAUUACCUAUGCUGGGCAAUGUACUUCUGCUCUGUUUUUUUAUCUUUUUUAUCUUUGGUGUUAUUGGUGUACAAUUAUGGAAAGGAUUAUUACGUAAUCGUUGUUUUUUACAACUGAAUACUACAAUUAUAUAUAAUUAUGCAAUAUUCGAUGAUUUCCCUUUCCAAUCUUUUUAUAUUCCUCCUGACCAAGAUUCAUUUAUUUGUUCUUACCCAUCCUCAAGUGGAAUGACAAAAUGUUCAGAUAUUCCACCAUUUCGUCGGGAUAAUAUGACAUGUGAACUUGAUUUUCAUGCAUUGAGUUCAUCAUUAACAAAUAAAGCAAUAAAUGGAUGUAUUAAUUGGAAUCAAUAUUAUCAAUUAUGUGCUAUUUCUGAUAAAAAUCCAUUUUCUGGAUCAAUUAGUUUCGACAAUAUUGGUUUAGCAUGGCUUGCUAUCUUUCAGAUAAUUACUUUUGAAAACUGGGUUAGUAUAAUGUAUUAUAUACAAGAUGCGCAUUCAUUUUGGGAUUGGAUUUAUUUUGUAUGUCUUAUUAUUAUUGGUUCUUUUGUUAUGAUGAAUCUUUGCCUGGUUGUUAUUUCUACACAGUUUAGUGUAACAAAAAAACGUGAAACAGAACGAAUGUUAACUGAACAAAGCCGCUUUUCACGUUCAUCAACUACCGUAACAACUGAUCAACGAGAUUCUUGUUGGGAAGAAAUAAUUAAAUAUUUUGAACGAUUAUCGAAACGUGCAUAUAAACGAUUCAGAAUAAUCUGGAAAAAUUAUCGACAAAAACGUGAUAAAUUUAAUCAAAGACAUGACCCAAAAGCAACAACAAGAAAAAAGGUCUUAACACGAAAUGCAUUACCUUCAUCUAAUUUCAAUAUAGUCUCGUCAACUCCACUAAUUAAUCAAAAACAUCAACCAAGUUGUCGAUAUCAUCAAUCUCAAUCAUUAUUAAUAUCAACACCAUUAUUAGAAUCGAUUGACCAUGGCACUAGUAAUUAUGAUAUUGGUCCAGACAUAAAUGCUCUAACGUCAGCAAAGAAUAAUUUACUUAUUGAAAAAAGUCGACGAAACAAUGAAAAUCUUGAAUUUGAACGGCAAGAACAACAAAUAAAAAGAAAUUAUAUAUGUGAUUGUUAUUAUCAAGAUGAAAUUCUUAAUACAUUCGGCCAUAAUCGAGAAGAAGAAGAACAAGAAGAAAAAUCAAAAUUUCGUCAAACAUAUGAAAUUUAUUGUUGUUGUUGUUGUUCAUGUUUUACAAUAAUACAAAAGUUAAUUUCCCGUGCUGUUGCUAACAAAUAUUUUGAUCGCAUUAUUUUCUCAGCUAUUAUUAUAAACACACUUUCAAUGUCUAUUGAAUAUCAUGGACAAUCACAAUCAUUAACAAAUGUAUUAGAAUAUAGCAAUUAUGUUUUUACAAUAUUAUUUACAAUUGAAAUGUUAUUUAAAAUAAUUGCUGAAGGCUGUUUAAAAUAUAUUAAAAAUCUAUUUAAUAUAUUUGAUGGUGGAAUUGUUUUAAUUAGUCUUAUUGAGUUAUAUGGAACAAAACAUAGUGGAUUAUCUGUUUUACGUACAUUUAGAUUAUUACGUAUACUUAAACUUGUCAGAUUUAUGCCAACAUUAAGACGACAAUUGGUGAGUUAG